UAAAGUGGUUAUGGUAACCAGAUUCAGCACCUAUAAUCUUCCAUAUUAAGAGAAAAGACAGAAAAAAGCAACACAACAAAUCACAUCUACAAUGCUAGCUCAGGACAAGACUAAAAAAACACAUAUAUCCAAGACCAAUGAAAGACCCCUAAAACAAAACAAAAUGAUUAAAACACAUACACAAUCAAAACUCUGUGAGCUUCCUCUAUACAAGGAAAUAGAGAAAUGCAAAGUCCAAUGCUUAAUCUGUAAACUCUGGAGUCAUUGUCCUUUUGCUUUGUUAGAACAUCUGAACAGAUACCACUCUGAUGACGCCAGUCUUGAUUAUAUACUACAUGACUUUAAGACGAGUCUUGGAGUACCAUGCCCCACGUGUGCACUGAUUAUCCCAGAGACUGUGAUUGAGUACCAUCAAGACUUACUUCAUAAUUCAGACACAAGAGUACUACAGAGCUAUGGUAUAGAAUUAGAUAUACAGGAGGAGCAUGCAUCAAUAGAGCUACAAAAUUAUCAGUGUGCCUUCAACUUAUAUUUCAGUGUGUCUUCUGCUUGUAUAUGUGCUGCAGUUGGGAUGAGAUGUUAAUUCAUAGCCAGAAACACAAAGAUGAGGCAGCUUAUGACGAGUACAGAGAUAUGCUACAAUCUGUUGCACAGAUGGAGCGUUUAAACAACACAGAGUUUGGCCUGUGCCAGAUCUGCACGAUGAUAGUAAAGAAUAUGACGUCUUUGAAAGCACAUUAUCAAGCUGAACAUGCAGAUUCUGCCCACUACCCCCAUCUAUUGGAAGAAUGUGAAGGAAGAAUCACAAAUGCUGUUGAACGUGUGAAAUAUACGAGAGAAUAUAAUGUAAAAUGCCAACUAUGUAAACAGUCAACUAAUGAAAGAACCAAGGGCUUCAAAGACUAUGACAAUCUUCUACUUCACAUUCAAGCAUUUCACAAGCUACAUCCACACUUCCAAAAAACAUGGGACGAUAUUAAAGAGAAAACGAAAAAGAAAUGUGAAAAAUGUAAAAAGGUGUUGAAAAACAAGUACCUACUCCAAGCACAUAUGUUAACAGCCCAUCCUACCCCAGAGAGUCGAGAGAAAUCCAAAGCAAGGUGUCAAAUAUGCAAACAAAUAUUUUCAACCAAGAUUGCCUUAGCGAGCCACAAAAGGCGGAUUCACAGUCAAGGACCAACCGUAUGUAAUGAAUGUCGUAAGAUAUUCACAUGUCAGCAGGACUUACAGACACAUAUAAAACAUGUGCAUAUGGAGCCAAAAACAGUCAAAUGCAAUAUCUGUGAUAAGGAAGUUCGCAUCAAAAACCACACACGUCAUCUCAGGACCCAUGCAGCUCAUCUUGCCUACUCAUGUCAAUUCUGUGAUAAAACAUUUGCUGCUAAGUUGAACAGAGAUCGCCAUGAGAACCUUAUACAUGAUAAAAGCAAGAAAACAUUCCAUAUCUGUGCUAAGUGUGAAAAAAAGUUUACAUCGAAAAACUCACUAAAACAGCAUUUGAAAACUGUCCACAAGUCUUCCACAGAGUCAAACAGUGAUGAGCCGGAACAAGAAAGAGACCAAGCUCAAGAAGAACAACCUGAACAACAACAUCAACUAGUCAUCAUGUCGAGCACAAUCCAGCAGGUAGUGGAGCAUGAGGAACCUCAAUCAACAGCCCAUAAAGCUGAGACUUUGGAGUUCUCAGAGACUGAGAGCCUCGAGGCAGUAAUCCAAAAGGCUUCUGGGGAAGAGACUGAACAUUGUGUGGGAAAGGUCCAUGUUGAACAACACAGGGUGCCUACUAUACACGAAGCUGCCAUGGCAAUUAAACCACCAAAUAUGGACCUUAGAUAUACUCCAGUGCCAUCUGAGAUAUUAUUAGCUGAUAUAGCAGAGGAAGAUAUAACUGAUGUGUUAGGGCUAUGCGAAGACAAUGACGAUUCAGACAUUCAUGUUUAGACAAAUUACUAACUACUAAUUACUAACAGAGUAGCAUUGCAUGACACAAAAUAAUUUUUGAGAUUUGUCAAUAGAUGGCAUGAAAUUCGUUAUAACAUUAGCAUGAAAAUCCACGUAAGAAUUAUGUGAAGUCCUAUUUUUACCUUUUGGAAGAGGAAUAUUUAUAUAACAAUACAACUCCUGAAAUAUCAAUCAGCCGUAUUUUGUUCUGUCACAUCGAGAAUCUAGUAGUACUCACGUCUGUUUCUUAAAGAUUUUAUAAGACAUCCACACAUAGUGGGUAUUCCGUCACUUGUUGGCAAACUACAACAUGCAUUGUUGGAUCCACAGCAUCCUUUGAAAUACUGUCUCACCAAAGCGUUAGAUAAAUUGAGACUGAUGAAUCAGAAUGACAACGUCAUGAGUGUUCUUUAUCACUUUUUGGCCAAUCAGAACAUUGUGUACCCAUUCUAUAAUUUACAACAGAUGCAGAGUAAAUAAGGAAAACAUACUCCGCGCACAGUCUAGUUAUGAACAAGAAAGAAGAUGAAGUUCUCUUUUAAGAAGUGAAGUCGAACGAAUGCAAAGGGUACAGGGAAAACAUUGACCUUCAGAAAAAUAUAUA